CUUGUUGAGCACAACUCAACUCCAAAUGCGAGGCGAACCACUCAUUCCGCCAUUCAGGUUUACGAUUGUCGACGAGCAAGUCUAUCGCGGCGCCUACCCGACCCACCUCAACUUUGCGUUUCUGGCGCGGCUCAAGCUCAAGACCGUGCUCUCGCUCACCCCAAAGAAGCCAGACUCAAACAUUGAUUUCUUCUGCAAGGAAGAAGGCGUGCAGAAUAUCUUCAUCCAGGUCGACAAGUUUAAGGAGAAUGUCACGUUGACACACCAACAUAUUGUCCAAAUUCUGCCAAUUCUCCUCAACGCAAGCUGCCAUCCCAUCUACAUUCACUGCUUGGAUGGUGCAAACGUCACCGGUCUUGUCGUGAUGUUUCUUCGACGGAUUCAGCAGUGGACUGUUGCGAGUGCUGUAAUUGAAUUUGCCCGGUAUACCCGAGAUGGCCUGAUGACUCCUGACGAACUCGAGCUCGUGGAAACUUUUCGCAUGGACACGGUUCGCCUUGAAAAGCCCUUGCCAACUUGGAUGUUAUUGCGAUCUCCCGCGUUUGGAUUUCUUCCAGCCGAAUCAGUGGAUCAGCCACGGAUACGGACUGGUCGUCUUCGAGACGUUACUGCGACUGAUAACACACUAGACCACACUAUUGGACGACUCGCUCGUUCGUGCCCGUGCCCUCUCUUGCUGGACGUCCCACCGAACGAGUGGACGUCCAAAUCCACCACUACGCAGAUGUUGUAUGGACUGCUGUUUGCGCGUGGACGGAACGCCGGGCGCGUCUACUGGACGUUUGAGCGGCUUGCGGUACUGCUGAUGGCGUUCAUUAUCGUGAGCACUCUGCUUGGCAUGGUGCACUGGCGGCAGGAGAGCAAGCUGCAGCAGUACCAUCGCGCGCGCUGGCAGCAGCUCCAUCAGCGAGCGCCCGUCGCAGACCCCGACGAGGAGGACGCCGCCGUUGCCGCCACGACCAAGCCAGUACAAUCUCAAUCCAACCAACAGCAACAGCAGCAGCAGCUCAAGCAGCCGACAGUCGUUCCGUACGUCGACGCGGCGUUCAAACUGUCGCUCGGCCUGUCAUUCUUGGUUUUGGCGCGCUUGGCUCAGAUUCGACUCCAGCCACAGCAAUCGCCGCCGCCAACCCAUCGAACAGCAUCGACAGCAACAACAUCGUCCUCAGCAGCCACAGCAACAACGACGAGCACUACCGCGAAUGCGGAACCAGACAAAUCAAGAGCUGCAGCAUUAGCAGCAAGUCCACUGGCCCGAUUAACUCCUGAAGAGCGCGAAAAGACCAAACGAUUUUUGCUCAAUGCACUUCGCCAAAGGCGUGCAAAGCAGGAAUAGUACUGGAACAAGGCCUACCGCUGCAUGUUUCUGACCUUCGGCAUGGCGCAUCUGGUCUCUGGUAGCACUAUUGUUGCGCAUCUUGUUCGCACUUUUGUUUUUGUUUUGUUUUUCUGUCUGCUUUUGCCCUGCAUUUUAACGCGUUUACUGUACAUAUGAGCCAAUACAGUACCACGGUCCGACUUUUUGACAAGGCA